GGGAAUGCGAUUUCACGUGUCGAAGAAUCUACUCUAUUUUUCUCACCGACUUUCAGGAUAUAUAAUUUACAAGUUUUAUGCCUGCAUACUUCCUAAAAUACAAGAGUUAAUUUUUCUUGUUUGUGAUCAAUUAACUAAUUUGUUGUGGCUUCAAUUACUACCAAAAGCCACGGGCCUUCCAUUUCUCACUUGUCGUCGUCUUAUCCCAAACUCAUGCGCUCUAGGCCGCUGUAUUCUCCGAGCCACCGUAACACCGCACGUUCAAAGCACGACACUUCAUAUAUAUAGUGUAUAUAUAUGCACACACAGAGAGAGUAUAUACACACACACACACACACACACACAGAACUAGGAUUAGUACCAGUUAAUGAUGUCACGUCGCAUGGCAGGACUUUCUUCUCCUUGCCGUGGUCUGCAGCUGGUUCUACUUCUGCUUCUACUCCUACCUCUUUCAAAUGUUUGCUCACAGAUGCUUCCAGUCUCUAACUCACAGUUGGUUAAAUUUCUUCCUGGAUUCCAGGGACCUCUUCCUUUCGAACUCGAAACCGGGUACGUGGGAGUGGGGGAAGAAGAGGAGGUGCAGCUAUUUUACUACUUUGUCAAGACAGAAAGGAAACCUGAAGAGGCUCCUCUAAUGCUUUGGCUAACUGGUGGUCCUGGUUGCUCUUCCCUCACUGCCCUUUUGUAUGAAAUAGGUCCAUUAAAUUUUAACAUUGAGCAGUACAAUGGGAGUUUGCCUACAUUAACCUUAAAUCCAUACGCAUGGACAAAGGUAUCUAGCAUAAUUUUUGUAGAUUCCCCGGUGGGGACUGGAUUUUCCUAUGCAAGAAGUUCGUUUGCUUCUCCGCCAAGUGAUUCGGAACAAGUUGGGCAUGCCCUCCAAUUCUUAAGGAAGUGGCUUGUUGAUCAUCCAGAGUUCAUGUCCAAUCCUUUCUUUGUCGGUGGCGAUUCAUAUUCCGGCAUUCCUGUUCCUGUUCUUGCUCAGUUAAUCUCAGAUGGCAAUCAAGAAGGAGUUAGACCCGCCAUAAAUCUGCAGGGUUAUAUACUAGGGAACCCAGUAACAGUGCCACAAGAUGAAGGCAACUCACAAAUCACAUUUGCUCAUGGGAUGGGACUUAUUCCUGAUGACCUAUUUGAGUCCUUGGAAAGAAGUUGCGGAGGAGAAUAUCAAACCAUAGACCCCAGAAACGCAGAGUGUUUGAAACAUAAGCAGGCUUAUCAUACUUGCAUUUCACAAAUAAAUUUGGCGCAUAUUUUGGAAUGGAACUGCGAACUUGUUUCUCCGAAACCUCCGCUACAUAUGCUUGAUAAAAGAAGAUAUCUGAGUAACAAGGACUACAAUGUGUUCUCAGAAUCAACUCCUCCUCCUAUAUUAGACUGUCGGAGUUACGGAUAUUUGCUUUCUGAAUAUUGGACGAAUGAUCAGUACGUACGUGAAGCCCUUCACAUACGGAAGGGAAGUAUAGGGAGAUGGAAGAGAUGCAGCUACGAUAUACCUUACGAGUAUGACAUUCACACCAGCAUUCAGUUUCAUGCAAAGUUUAGUGCUCGAGGCUGUUAUCGCUCUUUAAUAUACAGCGGAGACCAUGAUAUGAUAGUGCCCUUCAUGGCUACACAAGCAUGGAUUAGAUCUUUAAAUUAUUCCAUUGUUAAUGACUGGAGACCAUGGUUUGUCAAAGGCCAAGUCGCGGGGUAUACGAGGACUUAUUCAAACAGGAUGACCUAUGCUACCGUGAAGGGGGCGGGGCACACAGCUCCUGAGUACAAGCCUGAAGAAUGUUCAACUAUGUAUACGAAGUGGUUAUACGAGGAACCUCUAUAAAUCGAGAAGAAAACUCACAUGCAAUCGGAAUUAACAGUGAGAUCUGCAGAGAAUCUCAAUCCGUAUUUAAGAGGCUUAAGGUCCAUAUUUUAAGAAAAUAUUAACUAUCUAGAUAAUUUUUUUAUUUUUUCAAAUGAGGAAUGCUAGUUACCUUCCUCGAUUAUAUGUAGCGUGGACAUUAUUUUCACUUAAAACUAAAUAUUUAAUGUGCUUAAAA